AUGACACUCAAAACAAGGGACUACGAUGAAAUAACGGCUUUCCUCGGGACAUGGGGGCCGUUCCAGCGGCUCAUUUUCUUCUCGUUGGCUGUAAGCAUCCUUCCGAAUGGUUUCAUUGGUAUUUAUAUUGUUUUUGUAGGUGAUACUCCGCCUCACGAGUGCCGCAUUCCGGAGGAGUACAACAUCAGCGAGGUUUGGCGGAAUGUGAGCAUCCCCAUGGUGAUGCAGAACGGGAGACUGCAGCGCAGUGCCUGUACCAGGUACAGACUGGAUGUCAUCAGGAACUUCUCUGAUCUCAAACUCGUCCCUGAUGUGCAUGUCAACGUGAGCACAGUAGAGCAAGAAAAAUGCUUUCACGGUUGGACGUACAGCAACGACAUCUACCACUCAACUAUUGUCACUGAGUGGGACCUGGUGUGUGACAAUGAGUUUAAAGCACCCCUUACAUCCUCAAUAAACUUCUUGGGGGUGCUGGUGGGGACCUUCAUUUCUGGACAGAUGUCAGACAGGUUUGGCAGAAGGCCGAUGCUGUUUGCAAUGAUGGUCAUACAGACUGUGACCAUUUUUGCCCAGAUCUUCUCGCCCAGCUGGGAGGUGUUCACAGCCAUUUUUUUCUUUGCGGGCUGUGGUGGAUUUUCAAACUACAUGAUCGCAUAUGUACUAGGUUCAGAGAUUCUCAGCCCGGGGACUCGGGUGGUUUUCUGCUCUCUGGGGGUGUUCAUGAGCUCCGCCCUGGGCUACAUGGCCAUGCCACUGGUGGCCUACUUCAUCCGUGGCUGGAGGUGGCUGUUGGUGCCCAUGGCGGCUUCUGGACUCAUCUACAUUCCCCUGUGGUGGAUCAUCCCAGAGUCCCCUCGAUGGCUGCUCUCUCAGGGUCGAGUGCAGGAGGCUGAAGCCAUACUGAGAGAUGCUGCCAGGAGAAAUGGGGUCACUCCCCCGGAGGUCAUCUUUACUCCCACAGAGAUAGAGGGUGCCCUUGCUAAGAAAGAGAGGAAAUACAACAUUCUCGACAUCCUGAGGAGCUGUAACAUGGUCUCGAUCACAAUUAUAUGUUCAAUUCUUUGGAUGAUCAUCACCAUGGGGUACUACGCCCUGAUCCUGAACACCUCCAACCUGCAUGGGGACCCUUACUUCAACUGCUUCCUGUCUGCUGUCACAGAGGUCCCUGCGUACUUCAUCGCACUGGCACUGCUGAAGUACUGCCCCAGAAAAUUCUGCCAGUCCUCCACACUCUUCCUGGGGGGCACUGUCAUUCUAUUCAUCCACCUUGUUCCAGCAGAUUUGCCAGGCGUGGCGAUCUUCUUGGAGAUGGUGGGGAAGUUCGGCAUCACCGCGGCGUUCUGCGUGGUGUAUGCCGUCACAUCCGAGCUCUUCCCCACCGUGGUGAGGAACAUGGCCAUGGGGACCUGCUCCAUGGCCGCACGCAUCGGCACCAUCAUAUCCCCCUUCGUCAUCUUCCUCAGCAACUACUUCAAGUACUUGCCGUACAUCCUGAUUGGGAGUCUGGCGGUAUUUGCAGGAAUGCUCUGCUUUCUGCUACCGGAGAGCUUCGGAAAAGUCCUUCCAGAGACUCUCGACGAGAUGCAGACACUCAAAGGGUUGAGGAAGAAGAACAAAUUGGACAAAGCAACAGGAGAUGAACAAAGCAAGCCUGUUGUGCAGAAAGAAGAAAGGUUCUAA